GCGGGCCCCCGCGCAGCAGGGCCCUGGACCGGCGCGGCUCCCUGGGAUGGUGAGCAAGGCGCUACUGCGCCUCGUGUCUGCCGUCAACCGCAGGAGGAUGAAGCUGCUGCUGGGCAUCGCCUUGCUCGCCUACGUUGCCUGUCUCACGUUGUUGCCUAGGCUGGGGUACAGUGGUGCGAUUAUGGCUUACUGCAGCCUCAACCUCCUGGGCUCAAGCGAUCCUCCCACCUCAGCCUCCUGAGUAUCUGGGACCACAGCUGUUUGGGGCAACUUCGUUAAUAUGAGUUUUCUACUCAACAGGUCUAUCCAGGAAAACGGCGAACUAAAAAUUGAAAGCAAGAUUGAAGAGAUUGUUGAACCACUAAGAGAGAAAAUCAGAGAUUUAGAAAAAAGCUUUACCCAGAAAUACCCACCAGUGAAGUUUUUAUCAGAAAAGGAUCGGAAAAGAAUUUUGAUAACCGGAGGUGCAGGGUUCGUGGGCUCCCAUCUAACUGACAAACUCAUGAUGGAUGGCCAUGAGGUGACGGUGGUGGACAAUUUCUUCACGGGCAGGAAGAGAAAUGUGGAGCACUGGAUUGGACAUGAGAACUUCGAGCUGAUUAACCAUGACGUGGUGGAGCCCCUCUACAUCGAGGUUGACCAGAUAUACCAUCUGGCGUCUCCAGCUUCCCCUCCAAACUACAUGUAUAAUCCUAUCAAGACAUUGAAGACGAAUACGAUUGGGACAUUAAACAUGUUGGGGCUGGCAAAACGAGUCGGUGCCCGCCUGCUCCUGGCCUCCACUUCUGAGGUAUAUGGAGAUCCUGAAGUCCACCCUCAAAGUGAGGAUUACUGGGGCCACGUGAAUCCAAUAGGACCUCGGGCCUGCUAUGAUGAAGGCAAACGUGUCGCAGAGACCAUGUGCUAUGCCUACAUGAAGCAGGAAGGCGUGGAAGUGCGAGUGGCCAGAAUCUUCAACACCUUUGGGCCGCGCAUGCACAUGAAUGAUGGGCGGGUGGUCAGCAACUUCAUCCUGCAGGCACUUCAGGGGGAGCCGCUCACGGUGUACGGAUCUGGAUCUCAGACAAGGGCGUUCCAGUACGUCAGUGAUCUGGUGAACGGCCUCGUGGCUCUCAUGAACAGCAACGUCAGCAGCCCAGUCAACCUGGGGAACCCAGAAGAACACACAAUCCUAGAAUUUGCUCAGUUAAUUAAAAACCUUGUUGGUAGCGGAAGUGAAAUUCAGUUUCUCUCUGAAGCCCAGGAUGACCCACAGAAAAGAAAACCAGACAUCAAAAAAGCGAAGCUAAUGCUGGGGUGGGAGCCCGUGGUCCCGCUGGAGGAAGGUUUAAACAAAGCAAUUCACUACUUCCGUAAAGAACUCGAGUACCAGGCAAAUAAUCAGUACAUCCCCAAACCAAAGCCUGCCAGAAUAAAGAAAGGACGGACUCGCCACAACUGAACUCCUCACUUCCAGGACACAAGACUACCGUUGUACACUUGAUGGGAUGUAUUUCUGGCUUUUUUUGUUGUUGUUUAAAGAAAGACUUUAACAGGUGUCGUGAAGAACAAACUGGAAUUUCAUUCUGAAGCUUGCUUUAAUGAAAUGGAUGUGCCUAAAAGCUCCCCUCAGAAAACUGCAGAUUUUGCCUUGCACUUUUUGACUCUCUCUUUUUAUGUAAAAUAGCGUAGAUGCAUCUCUGCGUAUUUUCAAGUUUUUUAUCUUGCUGUGAGAGCAUAUGUUGUGACUGUCGUUGACAGUUUUAUUUACUGGUUUCUUUGUGAAGCUGAAAAGGAACAUUAAACGGGACGAAAAAUGGUGAUUUUAUUUAUAAAAGUGGGUACUUAAUAAAUGAGUCAUUAUACUACGCAUAAAGAGAAAUCCCAGCAGUAUUGUCAGGCAGGUGGUGCACCGGCAUUGAUUUUAGGGCAGAUAAAAGAAUCCUGUUUGAGAGCUUUAUGUUUCUCUUUUAAUUCAGAGUUUUUUCAAGGUCUACUUUUUAGUUGCAAACUUGACUUUGACAUAUUUCUGUUGGUUAUUAUGAUCAAGGAUAUUUGAAAUCACUACUGUGUUGUGCUGCGUAUUUGGGGAAGGUGGGGAGGUGGGGGGGACAAAGUUAACAUAUUCUUGGUUAACCAUGGUUAAAUAUGCUAUUUUAAUAAAAUAUUGAAACUCA